UUAUUUUCUUCAUUUGUUUAUUCUUUUUCUUUUUCUUUUACAAAUGACCGAUAACGAAGAAUCGAUAAGAUUUUUUAAACCAAAAGUUAUCCUGUUCAAUAUAAUUGGUACAAUAUUACCGAUAAAUUGGCAAGAUGAAUGUUUAAAACCAUUUAUAAAUAAUAAUAUUCGACGAUUUAUUGAAGAAAAUUGGCUAGAUUCAGAAUUUGUUUAUGAUAUGAUCACAAUACAAUUUCAACAUGAAUCAUUUGAACAAUAUUUUGAUAAUAAUCAAAAAGAUUGUCCAUUAAUAUUAAAUUUUGAUCGUGAUCAUUCAAAUUGGAUGGAUGUUAUUGAUUCAUGUGAAAAAUUUAUACAUUGGCAAAUUAAUAAUCAUAUUACAAUGUCGGAUAGUACAUUAGAAUUAUUACGAUUAUGUUGGAUGGAUGGUUAUCGUAAAGGUUUGAUUAAAACAAAACUUUUUCCGGAUGCAAAAACAAAUUUAAAUCGAUGGAAAUCGAUGAAUAUUCAAUUGGGAUUGCUAACAUUAAACACUAUGAAUAAAGAUGUUUGUCGAUUAAUAUUAUCAUCAACUGAUGAUGGUAAUAUAUCCGAUUUAUUUGAUUAUUAUAUUGAUGAACAAUCGAUUGGUAGUAAUCGAACAAAAGAUAUUGAAUUUUGGAAAAAAAUUAUGGAAUUAAUGAAAAUUACUAAUGGAAGUGAAAUUCUUUUGAUCAGUCAUCAAGGAAGAGAAUUAAAAAUGGCCAAAGAAAAAGCAAAUUUUCAAACAUUAUUAUUAUUACGUCCAUCGGUUGUUGAAUUUCAAUCACAACCAAGAUCAUAUUAUCUAAUACGUUUUUCACAUACUGAUCGUUUGGAAAAAAUUAAAUUUGUUUGAAAAACAAAUCAAUCAAACUGAACAAAACAAACGUUAUAAUAAUAAUCAUCAUAAGACAACGAAAAAGAAUAGGCGAAAACCAGCCAACCAACCAACCAAACAACAAAACAAUCCCAUGUCAUUUUAUCACGAGUUUUGUUUAUGAUGAUGAUGAUGAAAUAAUUUCAAAUUGAUUUUUUUUCAAAUUUUAAUUUGCAUAAAGAAAAAAAAAUGUCUACUACCCCGUUUU